CGCACGAUGCUGCUCAGACGCGUCACAUGCGUGCUCUUGCCGUCGCUUCGCCGUCCUUCACUAUGCUCCGACCGUUGUUUCUGCAGAGCAGCCAGUGACAGCGGCGGCAGCAGUAGAGUGGGCAGCAGCAGCAGCAGCAGCACCAGCAAUGGCAAUGGCGGCGGGAAAAGAGAAUUCUGGGACUCCAACGCGGAGGGCUGGAGACGAAGGCCCUCCGAUCUGAACGGCGAUGAAUCAUCCGACGGCGGUGCUGUGUCGCGGCAAUCCCAAGAUUGGGGUGGCGAGAGAGGGAGAGGGUUUUUGCCGGAGACGGGGAAUGGCGCAGGGAUGAGAGCAGGCGGGGGGGGAUUUGCGGAGCGGGGGAUGGGGCGGAACGCCGGGGGGGAAGUCGCGGAAAGAGCCGCGGAACGCCAAGAUUACGGAUAUUCGCCGUUGGAUACGGUGCCACGUGGCUAUGGCGAGCACGAUUAUGGUUAUGAUUAUGAAUAUGAUGAGCGUGAUCGUAACGCGUAUGGCCGUUCCAGUGGCCAGUCAGGUGAUCCGAGGAUUCGAGGUGGAAGGCAGAUGGCAGAUCGAGGCGUGGAGAACGGUGCAGCGGAGUGGAGUAGCAGGUUGGAUGGGCGCAGUGACGGACUGUUUGGAAGGGCGCCGGAGGGAGAAACGGGAGGAGGAGGAGGAGCAGGAGCAGGGAGAGGAGGACGAGCGGAGAGCAGCGAGGGCAUUCCAGAACCAUUGAAAGAGUUGCUGGCGUCCAUCCCCUGGGGAGUGCCUCUCGUGCUGGUUCUCCUGCCGCUGCUCUUCGACCGCCCUCUGCUCUUCCUCUCUCUCGCUGCUCUUGUGGCCCUCACACCCACCCUCCGAAACACGCUCGGCCCACCGUUCCUGGAGCUAGGCUCGGCACUGCUGGAGCUUUCGCUUCGGCCGAUCGUCAACGAGAAGGAGACGCAGGGUCGGAAAGAGAGACAGCAGGGUUGGAAACAAGAGCAGCAGCAGCAGCGGCAACAGCAGCAACAAUCGCAACAGUGGUCUCAGUUUCAAAGCAGCAGCUCUCAGAGGAGGAAGGAGCCACAGGUUUGGGAUGACACUUUGGGCCCAGGCUUGGGUCUGGGGACUGGCUCGGCGAUAGGUACGGGUGUGGCUUCCGAGGCUUGGGAGUGGGUUCGGUACCAGCUGGAUGUGAUCCGAGGGGAGAUAGACCCUGCGAGAGAGGGGAUGGAGAGCAGGGGAGGCGGUGGGGGGGAGAAGAGGAGGGCAUUCAGUAGCAUUGAUGAGAAUGGCAGAGACAGGGAGCAAUGGUUGUUGCAGCAGCAGCAGCAGUUGCAGCAGCAGCAGCAGCAGCAAUGGCAGGAAUGGAAAGGGCAGCAGGGAGCAGCAUCUGGAGGAUACAGAAGCAGUGAGAGCUGGCAAGGACCAGCUGAUGGGGAAGAGAGGAGAUGGCAGGAUGAGGGGAGAUGGCAGGAGGGAGAUGCCAGGCAGUGGGCUGGUGGCUCUGUGGUGGGGAGUGAGGAUCAGUUUAGGCAGAUGGAGGAGAAGCAAGGGUGGGAGGGUGAGGUGAGAAGAGGUGAUGGAAAGGAGGGGGAGAAACGGUGGGAGGAGGGUUGGAGUGGUAAUGACAAGGCACUUGGGAAUGGGUCAAGUGUGGAAGGGAGAGGCAGUAACGGCGUUACAAGCGUGGAUGGGAGGGGAGGUUGGGACUGGAAUGGGUGGGGCGAGAACAAGGACAAGCCACGAUACUGAGGGUCACUAUGAAUACCUAAUGGUGUGAUGUGAUGUGUUCCUUGUGCUGAUGGGUUUUGUUUUACCUCAGUGAGCCAACUUUUGAAUGUACGGUAUGUACUUUGAUUCUGUUACUUCGCUAAGAC